CCCUAAACCCCCCUCUCCCUCUCUCACUAUUUAUAGAGAGAGAAACAUACACUGAGUCAACAUAUCUAGUGAGAGAAACAACCCAGAACCCAACAAAACACAAAACAAAACAAAACAAAACCCAGUUUUCUUACAGCCUCAAAAGCAUGGCCACUCACUUGCCUGAUGAUUUCAGGUGUCCAAUUUCUCUAGAAAUCAUGUCCGACCCGGUUAUUCUCUCUUCGGGUCACACCUUUGACCGCUCCUCAAUUCAACGGUGGCGCGACUCCGGCCACCGUACUUGUCCAAUUACCAAACUCCCCUUGCCUGAGCACCCUCGUCUUAUCCCCAACCACGCCUUGAGAAGCCUGAUUUCCAGCUUCACCAUCCCAAAAUCUCAACCAGACCCCGACCCGUGUCGGAACCUGAACCCGGACCAAUCGAAGAAAUACCAAACCCAGCUUCUAAUCUACACUCUCGUGUCCCCAUCUUCGACGCUGGAGUCGAAGCUUCACUCGCUGAGUGAACUCACUAGACUCACCAAGCUGGACUCGGGACCCCGCCGCCAACUUACCGAGUCCGGUGCUGUCUCAGCGGUUCUAAACUGUGUCAACUCGACCGAGUCGGAAAUCCAAGAGAAAGCGCUGGCCCUCCUCCUUAAUCUCUCUCUGGAUGAUGAUAACAAGGUGGGCCUUGUCGCUGAAGGUGUAAUUAGUCGGGUCAUAAAUGUUAUCCGGGCUGGGUCGGCAAGUUCUCGGGCCAUCGGUUGCACAAUUUUGACGAGCUUGGCUGUUGUGGAAGUAAACAAAGCUACAAUCGGAGCCUACCCGAAUGCGAUAAAAACGCUUAUUUGGGUUCUUUAUAGUGGCAAAGGGCGUGAAGUGAGAGAAGCAGCCACUGCAUUGUAUGCAAUUUGUUCAUUUGUUGAUAACAGGAAGCGCGCUGUGGAGUGUGGGGCUGUGCCAAUUUUAAUGAAAAUUGGUGGGAUGGGGCUGGAAAGAGCGGUGGAAGUUUUGAGUUUGUUGGUGAAAUGUAAGGAAGGGAGGGAAGAAAUGAGGAAGGUUAAUGGGUGUUUGGAGGUUUUGGUUAAGGUCAUCAGGAAUGGGAGCGAAAGAGGGGUGCAAUGCGCGCUUUUGACGUUGAGUUGUUUGUGUUGUUUCGCUGAGGAAAUGCGUGUUGAGGCGGAAAAAGAAGGGGUUUUGGAGAUUUGUGUUGGGUUUUUGGAUGACGAGAAUGAGAAAAUUAGAAGACAUGCUUCAAGUUUGGUGCAAACUUUAAGUGGUAGGGGGUAGCAUGAAGAGAUUGUUGGUGGAGGGUGAAGAGUCUUUUGAGGGAUGGAGGUGGAUUUUGGGGUUUGUUUUGGGGAUGUGGGCUUAUUUGGGUUUGUUGGAUAGUUUCGUGUACAAACAAAGGAAUCAGAGGUUUGAUAGGGGAUAUUGGAUAUGUUUUUCUUUUCUUUUCUUUUUAGUUUUGUAAAUUUUAAUAAGUCAAAUCUCUGAAAUUUAAUGGUUGUAGUUGAAAAGGUUUCAAAUUGGAAAAUUGUCUCCAAUCUACUUUUAAUUAUUGCCAUUUCCUUUCCUUUCCUCUUGUUUUUUGAAGGGUUUUACAGUUUUCUUGAUUUUGAUGUUGGCAAAGGAGCAAAUUUAUUGAUAUGGCAACUGUUUCUGUUCUGUCAAGUACUGCGAUUGAAGAUAGUUUGAAUGCAAAAGGAAACAAUAAGAUAUGGUAGCUAUGCUGUUUCUACGUUAUAACAUGUUAAAUCGGAUCCUUUUAAGCUCAAGCCAAUGAUUUAGAUGGCAUUUUCUAGAGUUUAAAACUUCAGCUCAUCGGCAUUGUUCAACAAAUUUGCCUCAUCAUUGCUGUCAUUCCUUCCCACCGAUGGUCUUGGUGCUUUCUUUAUUUUCUUGAAUGCAUCCAUUGAUUUACUCUCUUUUUCGCAUUUUUGACCUUGCUUGGAUUGCUAUUGUUUGUUAUGUUGAGACUGCAAGGUAGGUUAUGGGAUUGGGAUGAACUCUUGCUCCUGUUAUCUAUACAAUUGUGCAUUGACAUACCGGCAUGCUUAGGUAUCAUGAUAGUCUGCUCAAUACUAUAGGUCUUAUGUUACGUUGUUUAAUGUCUUGUGUAGAUAUGAAUCUAUGGAUUUAAUGUCUUGAUUAACAAUAGUUGUCUGAUAGCCAGGCAUGUGGAUGUUAAUAUUUGCAGAGAUUUCCUUCUUGUCCCUCAAGGGUUUCGUGUUGUUGUAACUUGGUUUUCUCAUAGUCCAAAUGAUUUUGCUGAAAUGUGAUUAUCUAUUGCUCCUUUUUUUCACUGAUCACUGCCAUGUUGUGUUCCAUUGCUCAACAAUUAAAUCCAGAAAAUUGCUUGCUUCGGGAAGUUGCAAUGUUCCCCCCCUUUUCCUUCGAGUAUUGUUUAGCAACUUUCGUUGACUGGUUUAGUUUCAUAGAGCUUGUUUUCAAUGAGUAGCAUGCUUUAAUAUCCUUAGCUUGUGUGAAGUGUGUGCCCGUUAUCUUGACCAGUUAAAGGCAUGUAUAUACAUACUCAUGCAUUUACAAGUGUAGGAAGGAUGGACUUGUUAUUGCAGUGUAGUCAGCCUGAAAGUAAAGAUUAGCUGAAAGGCAUUCAAUGCAGAGAUUAAAUGAGGAAGGGUGGUUUGGCUGGACCGUCAGAAUACUAUUGUGUAAGGUCUAUUUGGCUCAAAUGCAUAUAAACUCUAGGAUAACUGCAUGCUCUCUACAUAUAAGCUACACAUAAAGCUUAAAUCUACUGUUAAGUUGCUGUUGCCGCAUUGGUUGGCAAGUCUUGGUUUUGUUUAUCAUUCUCACAGGAAAACUUCUGGUGAAGUUGGUGAUAGCAGCUUGAUAGUGGUUUAGAUCCUGUUCAAGUCACAGGUAGUAGCAAUGAAGCAUCUUAAAUUAUUAUAUUUAUAAAACCGAGGAAGCUUCUUUGUUAGCCAAUUUUGACUUGGUCGGCAACAUGUUUAUCCUGCUUUGGGUAGAAAGCCGGCUGAUGACAUUGAACAUGCGAAUGUGUCUUUGGGUGUAAAAGUCGAUGGUGAAUUGGAUUUCUUUUUGAGAAUAAGAGGAUAAACUUUUCUUGUUUUUGUGUUGAAUAUUUAGGUAGGCGUGGAUUAAAGUAAGUGGUAAAAGAAGCAUCAAGCCGAAGUGAAUGUCUCCAACAAAGACAUUCCCCAACAAAACAAACUGCAAUACCGAUGCAAAAAUGCCAGAUUGGAACGAAGCAGGGCUUCCAAUGGGAUUUUGGAUAUUUGAGUUGUUGGUGUCCCCUCAGUAGGUUGAUGAACUAUAUGAUGGUAAAGUGUUCACUACCUCUUUCUGGUCUGUCGCCAUCGAACACAUGUUGUCUAGCGAGGGGCCGCUGAAUUUAGCCAAAGCCAAAGUAAGGAUCGAACUAUAUGCAAAGAUGCUCUACUAUCUCUUACAAAAAUAAGUAGCUUUUGGUACAUGGAACAUGAUUGGAUUGUACAGGACCUUCAUGGUUAUUGGUAUUUCAUGUUUGGUGCGACCAGGACAAAAAUAGUUCUUGUUUCGUAUCAUGUCC